AUGUUCAAGUCUUUCCUGCUCGCGAUCAUCCUCACGGCGGCGACUACUACGUCCUCGGUCAGGGCCAUCACCUGCGGCACUGGAGAGAGUCAGAUGAGCGUUGAAGGUGUUGAAGGCAUCUUCUGCGUGGCCGGCGACCCGUGCAUCGCCACCUUCAGCACCGGUGCUUGUCCUGCGACCCAGGAAGGUCUCCCCUAUGGAUCGUACUGCGGCGUCGUCGCGUCCGGCGUCUACGGCUGCAAGACGUACACUAGUCCUCAAACGGAAGCUCCCACGCCCGAACCAACGACUGAAGCUCCGACUCCAGAGCCCACAACGGCAGCACCGACCCCGGAGCCCACAACCGCAGCGCCUGCCACCACUGAGCCGGCAACAACUCAGCCACCAACGACGCAGCCGCCGACUAUUGCUCCCAUCCCGAUCAGUCCGUUCACGAACUGCUCCUCUGAGAGCACUCAGGUGAGCGUACAGGGGCUGAAGGGCGCCUACUGCGUCAAUGAACCAGUGUGUGUGGAGAAGGUGUCGACGGGCAAUUGUCCUGCCCCUCAGGACGGUCUGCAGUUUGGCUCCUUCUGCGACCUGCUCAAGACCGGCGCUUACGGCUGCAGGCCGUACACGGCCGACAACGUCCCCACCAAUGUCACGUACGACGCGCCCUUGGACUGCUCGACGAACCCGGCAGGCGACACCCCCGUGAGCAUCGUCAGCGCCGACAGGGACUUCUGCGCGUCCGAACCCGUGUGCUCGGGCAGCAUCUUCGGCAACUGCCCGCAGAUCCAGGACGGCUUGACGCAGAACUCCGAGUGCAUGGUCAUUGACACGGGCCCAGGAAUCGGCACCUCAUGGCUCCCUCCCUCCCUUCCUCACUUGGACUUGCACACGGGGCAGACGCAUCCAGUGCAAGGACAAUUGCCAGCUGGACAGCCACACGCCGGGCAAUUCCCUUCGAUCGGGCAGCCACACUUGGUGCACGGACACUUGGCAGGACAUUCACAGGCUGGACAUCCUCCGGCUGCAGCGCGUUCAGCGGCGGCGACACAAUUGCCACCGCACACCAUCGUCGACGAAGUCGCAGACUGGAUCGGGGGCUCGAUGGUUUGCGCUUUUCCUCCUUCGGUCUUGCUGCUGCAUACUUGGCACUCGCAGUCCUUGCACGAACACUUGUCCGCCGGCGAUCCGCAAUUUGUGCAAGACUCGUGGCUCACGUGCUCGCCAGUCGCGUGGGUUCCGGAUCCAGGUUGCGCUGGGGGAAUUGAAGUAUCGGCGCACUGA